AUGAAUCUUCUGGAGCUCCAUCGCCAAAAGCUUCUUUACCUCCUCCAGUCUGAAUUAACGGUUCUUUUGCUAUAUCGAAUUCUAAUUUCAGCAGGAAAUAAAGGAAAAGACGCAGGAGCUGGGAACAAGCUCGCCGGUUAUGGAGUAACCACUGUGAUCUUGUCUUUGGUUUCGACGGUUUAA